UGCGCGGCGCCGGCUAAACGGCGGCAGCACGCCACCGGCGAUGUCGGCCACGUUCAAACUUCACAGCAUCGGAGUUGGUUUCUAUGUGGAGUAUCGCAGCAGAUCCGAUUCCGAUGCGGCAUUGCGCGUAAUUUGGCUAUAAAUCCGCCGCGGAUUUCCUUCCUCCGCAACGGCGACGGCAAUGGCGCAGCCGAGAGUCAUCCGGGUGCGCGCCCACGACGGGCGCUCCACCACCGUCACGAUCGCCGCCUCCGCCACCGUCAGCGACCUCAGGACGGCGCUCCGUUCCUCCUUCGCUCCCGCGCUGGUUUCCCCCGACUUCCACCUCUUCCUCAAGGGCACCAAGCUCAUCGCCGACGCCAAGGUCGGCAACCUCCCCGUCGGCCCCGGCGAGUCCAUCUCUUUCAUCCCGGUCAACGCCAAGUCAGCGCCGCCGCACCCUCCGUCGUCGAGCGCGCCGAAUCCAUGGAGGAAACGCAAGUUUUCUUGGCACGACGGCGGCGGCGAAGACAUCUACGCCAAGAAGCCGACGAACCCAGCGCCGCCGAGGCCGCUCUCCUGCCAUGGCACCCAACCUCUCGACCCUACCCAAAUGGUGGAGCAUCUCAGGCAAGGGCUCGGGAAGGCCGGACAGAUCACCCAUGUCGAGGAGAUCCCGGGAAGGGAGGCGACGUUCGCCGAACUCCCCGGCCACCUCUCGUCCUCCAUGAGGGACGCGCUGAGAAGCAUCGGCGUCACCAAGCUGUACGCCCACCAGGCGCAGGCCGUGCAAUCCGCCGUCUCCGGCGAGCACGUCGUGGUGUCCACCUCGACGUCGAGCGGCAAGUCGCUGUGCUACAACAUCCCCGUCCUCGAGUCCAUCUCCCAGAGCUCCGCGCCAUGCGCGCUCUACAUCUUCCCCACCAAGGCUCUGGCCCAAGACCAGCUCAAGACACUGCUCGAGAUGAAGCCGGCGUUCCGCUCAGACUUCGACGUCAGCAUCUACGACGGCGACACCGCCAUGAAAGACCGGACAAGGAUCAGGAACACCGCGAGGCUGCUGAUCACCAACCCUGACAUGCUCCACAUGUCGAUCUUGCCAUGCCAUGCUCAGUUCAAGAGGGUCCUCUUCAACCUCAAGUACAUUGUCAUCGACGAGGCGCAUUCCUACAAGGGCGCAUUUGGCUGCCACGCUGCGUUGAUUCUGAGAAGAUUAAAGCGCAUCUGUUCAUAUGUUUAUGGAAGCAAUCCAACAUUCAUAUUCUGCACCGCGACAUUGGCCAAUCCGAGGGAGCAUGUCAUGGAGCUGGCAAAUCUUGAUCGAGUCGUGCUGGUUGAUAAUGACACGAGUCCUUGCGGCUCAAAGAACUUCCUCCUGUGGAAUCCGCCAUUGCAAUUGGCGAAAGCAGAAGACAGAAGACCAAACCCAGUACUAGAGGUUUCCUAUCUGUUCGCCGAGAUGGUUCAGCAUGGGCUUCGUGCCAUCGCCUUCUGCAAGACGAGGAAGAUGUGUGAGCAGGUGCUAAUGCAGACGCGUCAGAUUCUUAAGGAGACAGCUGCAGAAUUGGUGAAUUCUAUCUGUGUCUACCGUGGUGGCUAUGUUGCGAGUGACAGGAGGAAGAUCGAGGCUGAUCUCUUCGGUGGAAUUCUUCGCGGCGUCGCGGCUACCAAUGCUCUUGAGCUGGGGAUCGAUGUCGGGCACAUCGAUGCGACGCUGCACCUGGGAUUUCCUGGAAGCAUGGCUAGCUUCUGGCAGCAGGCAGGGAGAUCAGGGAGAAGAGCAAAGCAGUCCAUAGCUGUUUAUGUAGCCUUUGAGGGUGCUCUUGACCAGUACUUCAUGAGAUCACCACACAAGCUGUUUGGCAAGCCCAUUGAGCACUGCCAGGUUGAUUCACAAAACCGCAAGGUUCUUGAACAGCAUCUCGCUUGCGCCGCUUCUGAAUAUCCACUGCGUCAGGAACAUGACGAGAGCUACUUUGGUUUUAGCAUGAACAGUGUUUUGAUGACACUGAAAGAUAAGGGCUGUCUCAUGAACAAUCCAUCUGGAGGAGAUUCAGGCGUGUGGAAGUAUAUUGGACCUGAUAAAAAACCUUCUCAUAGUGUAAGCAUACGGGCAAUUGAGCAUCACAGGUACAAGGUGAUCGACAGGAGAAGCAAUCGAGUUCUUGAAGAGAUUGAGGAAAGCAAGGCUUUCUUUCAGGUGUAUGAUGGUGCUGUCUACAUGCACCAAGGUGUCAGCUACUUGGUUGAUAAGCUUGAUCUGACAUCAAGGAUAGCUUACUGCAAGGUGUUUGAUCUGAACUACUACACCAAAGUUCAGGACUACACUGAAAUCAGUUUCAUUGGAGGUGAUGUUGAUGAACAUCCUGCGAGUGAGUGUAAACCUGACAUCAGGAGGACAACAGCUCAAGCAAAUGACUGCAGGGUGACAACCAAAUGGGUUGGCUUUGAUCGGAUAUUGAAGUCAAACAACCAGAAAUCCGACAGCAUUAACCUUGAUCAUCUACCUCCAUACUCCUUUGAAACUCAAGCCGUUUGGGUACAGAUUCCUGUGUCAGUAAGGACGACUAUGGAGCAGAUGGAAUAUCAGCUCUGUGGUGGUGUACACGCUGCUUCUCAUGCGCUUCUAAGUAUAAUACCUCUGCACAUGAUGUGCAGUGGUUCUGAUCUAGGAACACAAUGUGCAGAGCCUCAAGAAAAUUCUGAAACUGCAGACAGAAUUCUGUUGUACGACAAACAUCCCGGUGGCAUCGGCUUAGCAUCACAGGCCAAGCUGCUCUUUGGUGAGCUUCUGGUUGCUGCUUUAGAGCUUGUUUCAUCAUGCAGCUGCACCAACUCUGAUGGGUGUCCAAAUUGCAUCCAAUCAUUUGCAUGCAGUGAUUACAAUAGGGAUUUGGACAAGGAAGCUUCAAUUUUUCUUCUCAAGGGCGUAAUUCAGUAUGAAAAGUUGUAUUUUGAAGCCAUAGAUGGUUGUUACCAGAGCUGAAGUGCAAAUGACCUAGUACAAGAUAUAUUUGGAUGUAGCACCAACUAACGUGUUUGUUAUAGGUGCCAAUAGAACUUGAGUGGAAAAUAAUGUUAGCGAAUAUUUGGUUGUAGUGUAGGACACUGCAAAAUGCAAAUGGUAGUACCGAACAAAAUUUGCGUAUCCUUUUAUCGCUAUGAUGUAUUUUAGUAUUUUUACACUAGUCGUUAAUAUUUUUGCAGUCAGUCUGAUACUCCGAUGCUGCAGUGAUGCUUAUAUUUUUAUCUUCUGUUUUUAGUAGACUCAUCAUUAUUUUUGGGCCUAUUAUUACUUGAGGCUUCUCUAAUCCUACUAGUAUUACAAAUUUUUUUCUUUGAUAGGAGUAUUACAACUAUAGUCUAUUGCUAGUGCAUACUUGUAGUUGUGGCCUUGGUGAGCUCCUGUUUCAGUUAACUCUUGUUCAGUGGCCGCAAGGCCCUCAAGUAGCAGUGGCUGUGUGUUCUGUACGAAUUCAGUGUACUGCUUUACAAAUUUAGAUGGAGUUGUUUUUUGUGUACAAUAACAAGAAAUAUUUUAUUGGUCAGGCCUAGUUUCUGUGAUGUCCUAGAACAGAUAGCUAGUGUGUCUGAAUUCUGAAACUAAUUUCCUUGAUCAUUCAGCUCGUCAGAAAAGUGGCCUGUUUAUGCCUAAUGGCUGAUAAUUUGGUGAAGAGGGGAUGGCCACAUGAGGAGAGCUGUGCUCUCUGUCAGUGAGAACAGGAGGACUGCCAGCACCUAUUUGUCUCAUGUCAGUUUACAGGGCGAGUUUGGAAGCUAGACAGCAUUUUCGGACGGGCUACAGGGAGCUCUUCGACACUGUUUUCAUGCUCACAUGCUGGUUCAUCUGGAAAGAGCGUAACGGGAGGAUUUUCGAGCACAGAUCAAGAGCACCUGAACAGCUAGUGCAUGACAUAAAGGAGGAACUAAUGAUCUGGAAGAUGGCGGGAGUUUUCUCGCUUGUUAGUAGGGAGGCUCUACCUCACUGCCGCUGCGACAGGGUUCUGUCGUUGUAAGCAAACAAUUUUCGUUUAUUUUACUCCUAAUCUUAAUGAAAUUGGUCGACCGAACCUUUCGGCCUACCCGGCACAAAAGAAGAGUGGCAUGUUCUCUUUCUUUGCCUGAAACUGAAGGCUCUCUCUCUCUGAAGCGUUAAUUUCAAC